AUGGAAAAUGUGCCUGGGCCAAGAAAAAGGAAUAGAAAACAACUUUCGUAUGAUGACGUCAUAGAACAACUCUCAAAACUCGAUUUCUCCAACAACAAAAAGGUUAUUGAUGAUUUGAAUCAGACGUUGAAUGGCGGAAUACUGGUCCCAACACUUGUUCACCAAAUUCUCUAUCAUUUUGAAGACUUUGAAUCACAAAAAUUGUACAUCACACACUUACGAGAAGCACUUGAGUUGUCAUGGAAUGCACCCGUUCAACACGACGAUUUGGACUACAUGUAAGUGAAAUUGUGAACUGAUUUCUGUUAAGAAUUCUUUAAUUUCAGAACUUCCGUGACUGGCAAGCAAGGCUACUCAAUCAACGCAGUGUUCCAGUUCAAAACAUCUCACGAAUUAGACAAAUCUCAAAAAAUCAGCAUUUCUGUUGGUGAUUUACGAGUUACCAUCGAGUUCUCAAACAGUGAUAGUGAGACGGAUCUCAAAUGCUUCUUUGUAUCAAACAACGGGUCAGUUUAAUUCGAAAAUGUAUAUUUUUUGUUUUCCUACGGCCUCGCAUGGGACGCGUCUGCGGCGCUUGGACGCGUCUGCGGCGCUUGCACGCGUCUGCGGCGCUUGGACGCGUCUGCGGCGCUUGGACGCGUCUGCGGCGCUGGGACGCGUCUGCGGCGCUGGGACGCGUGUGCGGCGCUUGGACGCGUCUGCGGCGCUGGGACGCGUCUGCGGCGCACGCGGUGCGGGCUCGGUUUUGUCCGAUUCGUCUUUCUUUCUGCUGCCCUCAGCGGACCGACAGACGCUUCUUGUGUGUUAUAUAUAAGAAAGACUGAUAAUGUGUUUUAGGAAGCAAUUUAUGGAACUGAUUCCUUGUGCACACAAAGUUCAUCAACUGAUGGUUCAGAUAUCAAGCCCUGAGACCAAAGUUGUUUUAUUGGUUUGUUCUAUAAACAUUAUCAAUUUUAUAUUUAGAAUUUCAGAUUGAUGACAAAAUUCAUGUAUUCGAGCCAAACUAUGAGAAAGAAGUGGACGAAUUGAAAAUAUCCGUGUGCUCUCUACAUCAUACAAUUCCGGUUGUUUUUCAAGGUAAUUCACUAAAGAUCCUCCCCGGAACAUUAUCUAUUUUAGGUGAUUUCCAAUCCCUCUAUGAUGUAGUGGAAAUGGGAGUCACUCCGAAAAACAUCGAAUACGCGCGGAAGUUUACACUUGAAAGUAAAGGAAGAAAGUUGUGUAUCGGGCAAAUGUUCCAUCCGGUGAUUCCAAUCAGACAAAACCAAGUGAUAAUGCCACGGAAGGAAUAUCCGGGGUUUGAAAACACUGCAGAACAACUGAGAGCCGCGGGAGGAUUUGGAUUUAUUUGUCACGCGUUUUUCAAGGUGAGAGUACAUAAAAGGGCAGACUUGCAAAAUUUUAGCAUGGUCCGGCGUUAAUUUCAAAAAUUUUCAAGUUUUUGUGAAACGGCACUAAUGAGUGCUCUGUUAGAAGUUGAGCAAGAAUUCAAGUUUCUCAUGAAAUGUUUCAUUUCAGCCGAGCUUUUGCAAAUCUGUAGAAGAGUCAGUUGAACAUUUUCAAACUUUUUAGGUGUUACUGAGGAGUUCGCCGGAUAAUGAAGAGUUACUGGUCCAUCUAUGGAAACUUUGGGAACUCUACCUCAACACCCCACACCCUUCUGCCGAGCAUUUAUCGCGUUUGGAUGCAAUACAAAUGAUUUCAUUAGCGUUCAGAAUUCCAAGAAAGCUUCCAGAAGUUAUUGUAGAGGUAAUGCAAGUAUAUAAGAGCCCCCUAAUAUACAUAGUUUCAGGACGUAAUUGAUAUGUGUAUAAACUUGAACGGUGCUAUCAAAGAAGUGAUACUUCUUAGAGAGUUACUCUCAGAAAACAAUUACUGGCAACACGACCUGCCCAUGUGCUACAGACUACUUGUUCGAUUCAAAUCGGCGGAUGCACUACCUCAUCUGGAAAAGUUACUUCCCUUGAUUCUUCAGGUAUUAUCAUAUCCAUUAACCAUUCAAUUCUUCAAACCCUUUCCAGAUUGUGGCAGAAAUAAUCAAAAAAGACAGAGGAUCUGAUGAUGUCCGAGAUAUUGUCACAAUCACUAUUGAGAUUUUCAAGAAAUGGUGUCGGGAUCAACAUCCUGUACGCACUUCUCAACUGGUCACUUUUAUGAUGGAGUUGUAUGAUUUCGAAAAGAUCAGCGCGAGAAUGGAAAAAUUCCUCUGGCUUGAUGAAAAUGGUAAGAAUUGAUUACAUUCUUAGUAUGAAUUCCAAAUGUUCUGUUGUUUUUAGCACUGGAAAGAGAAAUGUGCCGUCAGCCACACCUCAUUUUGACUGAAGAAGAGCCCGAGCACACCACACCACGAAAUGUGAGCAGACUUUUGCUACAAUUGGAUCUUCCGUUGGGAAAUGAAGACGAUGACGAACUUUUUCACUUUUUGGAGCCUGGCGAUGAGUGUCUCACUACCAAAGAUUUUAAAGCGAUGACACAGAACAGAGAUUUCAUGAUGAAAAGUGAGAAAUUAACUGUAUUGCGUAUUUCGAUUUCACUCUUUUAUAACACAGGCCUUCUACAAAUUCUUCAUCAGUCAUACGUUUUGUGCCCAGAUAAUCAAUAUGCUUGUUUUGACUCUAUCACGGCUGAGGUACGUAAACGUUUACAGAUUGACUCUGUGACAUUGAAUGUUUUAGAAAAUUUGUUAUCUAAUCGAAGUAAACAGUGAUGAGAAAGUAAUUGGAGCUCUGAUCGAGAUGUAUGAAGCGAUCAUUGUGGGUUUUACAAUAUUGCUAGAACAGUUCUACAUUAGGACAUUUCAGAAUCACAACGUUUACUCAGAGAAAAUCACAAAAAUCUAUCAGCUGAACCUAAUGCUGAUCCUUGCUCGCCAACUCAAAAACAAACCGCUGACAACUCAAACCAUAAAUGCUCUUUUCUCAAUUUUGCUCCGCGAGCAAGUAGACGUCUCCGCCGGAUUGGACACGUCGCAUUUGGAAGCAUUCGUGCCCAAUGCAAUCUCAUGUCAAUCCGUUUAUCCGUUGCUGACAGUACUUGAAGAGUCCGUGGAUGAUGUCGAGAUAACUGUCUUCACAGUUGUAUGUACUUCAUUGAACAAAGUGGGUUUUGACGUGAAAAGGAAGAAAGUACCGGAAUUGUUUCAGGUGUACACUAAUAACAACCAGCUUACUCAAGCAUUGACGAUGGCUGGAGUGGACGAGCAUAUGACUGGGAUACUGUUGAGACUUGCAAAGAUGGGUCACUUUCGGUCAGUUAAUUUUUUGAAUGCUUCACACUAAUUUCCAUACAAAUUCAAAAUUUUCAUGGGCAUUCGCAAAAAUGAGAAAAUUUGAACUAAAACUUCUUUUUUCACGAUCUAAUUGUCCUGAACUCACCUUUUGAAGCGUUUUGCUUACCCAUCUUUUGAUCAUAUUUGUGAUUUUAUGACCCAGCCCAGACCUUGCCUGAAGGCCGUAAAUUUUUGCAUGGCCCGUGACUAUUCGGGCCGGGCUCGCAAAACUUAAAAUAAAUCAAUAAAUUUCAGACUACGAAACGAAAAACUGAAAGCUCUACUUGAUACCUGGUUCGCAUUCGCCGUGAGCAUUAUCAGAGUCGGCGUGAACGGACGGAAAUCGGUUUUUGAAGGAGCAUCCCGGCUCAUUUCUCAUAUUCUUCUACUGUAUACUCAAGAAAACGGGAAGCUUCUGAACGACGAUAAUGAAGCACAACGGCUGAUCAGAGACAAUAUCUACUGGACUUUAUGUGUUCUGUUACUUCAAUUAUUUAAGUUCCUGCUCGACAUAGUUUUGGCGGAUUCGAACAAACAUCGAAGUGCGAGUAAUUCGUCGAUUAACAUGAUGGUCUAUGACGAGGAACCUGAGGAGAUUGAUGCGGCGCCAGUGAAACCGACCAAGUUCUGGGAUGAAAUCGCUCAGAAAGUGAAGGAAAGCGUACUCGGACCGAACUACAAUCUGCUGAAGUGUCCCUACCGGAAACAUAAAGACUCGCCGUUGACAGCUGAUGAGAUCCGACAUCGAAUCAGAGAUGUGCUCACUUUAUGCCAGUACUUUUUCAAAAUAACCACUCCGGAUGAUUCUGACGAGGAGGACAAUUUGUACCGUAUCUUCUUUGAAGAACUGUCAAGAUGGACACUAGAAGAUGUAAUUUUAACAAAGCGUGUUUUUGAAAACAAAAAAUGUUUCCAGGCUUGGCCGAACUGCAUUUGGAUUGCCACUGAUAUGAUGUUUGUGACAAACGUCUUCUCAAAUUGUGUUGCUUUCGUGCUCACUGACAUCCAUCGCUAUAUGAAUCCAUUUAGUGAGUCACUAAGACGCUCCCUACAUAAAUUAAAAUUUAAAUUUAGGAAAAGUGUUCAAUAGUCAAAAGUCUGGAAGAUUGGAGAUCCUCCUACAGCGGAUAGUAAGAAGUUAUCAGAAGAUUUCAACAGUUUUUGGAAACGUUAUGGUAAUCAAUCUGAUUUUCCAAAUCUAAAAUCAUCUAAAUAUUUGUUAGGACAUUGACCAGAUGAUUAGGUUGACCAUGGAGAACAUAACACAGAGGGAAGAUCAAAACUCGAAUCUUUUCAAGCUAGCGGUCAUAUUUCUGAACAGUCCGAGCCGAGAUCGCAGCAGAGGUAUCAAACAUUACACAAUUAUUUGUUCAGCCUAACAAUUCUAGGUCCAAUGGAUUAUCCACAGCCCCGAACUCCGGAUCUCAUUCAAAGACUGUUGGUUGAAAGUGAAAUCGCGUCCAGAUACUGGUUGGAUCAGCGAAACGAAGUGAUUUCCAAGAUCAAUUUGAAGGGGAAACUGCCGCAACCGCACAUUGAUGUUGUUGAGCUCAACUACAAACUUGAAGAACUUCAGAGAACUCUGACAGCACCCAAAAACCUGAAAAGAGUUUAUGAAGUGUGUGAACUUGUGGGAAAGUUGGAGCUGAAUGAAGUGAGCGCUCUCAUUUCACUUUUUUCUUGGUUCCAAUAUAAAUUAAAUUCAGCGGAGAAUGUCUCGAUUGAUACUUGUUAAACACAACUACAAACCCCGAAGAAUCUCAACGGUUCUCGGCCCGAAAGGUGAAAGAAUGGUCACAGAAAUGACAGAGAUCAAAACCGAGGGAAUGUUUGCAAACCAGGGAGAGUUCAAAAAGAUCAGCAUUUUUCGGGACGUUUUCGACGGGAUUUCGCUGUCCAGAUUCCGGAAACGAGAUGCCUACCUGAUGCAGUCACUUCACGGGGUUCUUAUCGCUAAUGGAGUACAGACGAACCCGAUAUUCUACAUCCACCACUUGGGCAUCACCACUCUUCCCUGUGGCUCACACGUCGUCGAGAAGACUUAUUGGUUCGAAGACAUAACGUUUAUCUUUCGAAGGCCUAUGCGUCCCUGGGAUGUGCUGGAAGUUUCGUUUGAGAUUCUCUUGAAAACUCAUGAAACGAUUAUGGUAUUUGCGCAGCAGGUUAGUUUGCGGAACACUAAUGAGUCAAAACUGUCUAUUGAAUUUUCAGAGAUUCGCAAAACUUCUCACUCACUAUGCAGGCAAGCUCAUCGCCAAAGAUGCUCAUCUGGUUGCGGUCACCAAGCAAUGGGAGGAAGGAAAAACGUCAAACUUUGACUACCUAAUGAUGCUGAACAUGUUCGCUGGAAGGACGAUCCACGACAGCAGUGCUUAUCCGAUCUUCCCGAGAAUCGUGGCAAAGUUUGAGAAUGAGAAGAUUGAUUUGCAAGACAAACGAUUAUACAGGUACGUAAUUCUAUAGUCCAUUUAUACAAGAAUUUUUCAGAAAACUUGAUUAUCCAGUUGCUGCUCAAGAUGUAUUGAUGAUUGAGAAACAUCGAGAGCAUUAUAAUGAACUGAAGGUACAUUUUUUCUUGUUCGGAAAAUGAGUAAUAGUAAUAAAUGUCGAUUUUUAAGGAAAAUGAAGGAGUAAGCCACUUGACACCCUAUCAUUUCGGUUCAAUGUGCUCAAACCGAGGUGUUGUUUCUUUUUUCAACAUCCGUCUUUUGCCUUUCGGAGAGGAGGCCAUUGAACUGCAGGAUGGGAGGUUCGACUUCCCGGACCGCCUUUUCUACAGCAUCGAAUCGGGUCUGGGUCUAGGAAAAGUCGAGUCCAGCAAUGAUUACAAAGAGUUGGUCCCCGAGCUGUUCACCACGGUUGAAGUUCUGAAAAAUGAGAACGGAAAUCAGUUUGGAGAGAGACAGAACGGGGAAGCUGUGAGUGACGUAGAAGUGCCCAAAUGGUGUUAUGUGGAUGGGAAACCAGUUCACGAGCAUUUCAUUUAUGUGCACAGACAAGCUCUUGGUGGGUUACACGGUCCGAUUCAUAUUUCACAAUCUCAUUUUUUCUGCAGAAUCUGAACAUGUACAAUCAAUGUUGCAUAACUGGAUUGACUUGGUCUUUGGGUACAAAGCACGCGGAAAAUCGGCACAUGACGCGGUGAACGUUUAUCAUCCAGCAGUGAGUUAUAAAACUAUGUAGAAUAACAUUCAAAUAGUCAUUUAAGGUAUAUCCGGGAAGCUCACCACCUCCCUCUUUCGAUCGUGUCAUGAUAAACGCGUACGAAGCGAACCAAAAGACGCUUGGCACAGCGCCAACUCAACUUUUCACUCAACCACAUCCAAAAAGAGAAGUUGUCCAGCAUCGGAUUGGCUCGAUUCGCAACAUUCAUCACUUGGCGUGAGAAUUGAAUUUCGAUGUGAAGUUAACCACAUUUGUUGUUUUAGAUUUGGAAAAGAGCUAACUAUUGGAGAAUAUGAAGUGACUGAGUGCGGAGAUGAAAGACAAACCUCUCAAAGAGUUUGGAAGAGGGUCAAAUCGUUAAAGUCACGAAUAUUUGACCGAAGCGAUCGUGGAGAAUCCGAAUGCAUUCAACUGUUUAGGAAGCUGAAAGAAAGUGAGUCUAAAAUAUCAGAUAAUCAUACCCGGAAAACUUUUCAGAAAAAGACAAGGACCUUGCGGAUGUGACUGUUAAAGCAAAGGAAAACACUUUGAUUUUGUCCGAUGGCACGUCGGAAUAUAAAAAGGAGCACACGAAGAAAGUGAUGGAAGUGAGUGCGGACGAUCAGUUUGUUGCUUGCCUUAUCCACCAAGGACCCAUCGAACUAUACAAAAUGUUCUACAAGUCAAGAGGAAAGUUAUCGAAAGUUGACAAAGCGAUGAGAGGCGAAUCUCAACUUCUGACAGCCGAUUAUUAUGGCACCAUACCAAUUCAAAAUGGCCAUUUCCUUUCCGUCGAUCUCUGUGCCUCAUUCGCGACUAUUUUCACAGUGCAUCAAGUGGAAAACAAGUCAGUUGUAUCUGUGUGGAACCUUCAUUCUCAACACAUUCGAGCUCAAUCUGAUGUCAAUGGUAUAAUGGAGUCGUGUGGAGUUUUGAAGAAUCUUGGAGAGCUCAUACUUGUGGAGAAGUGGAAUGGAGGGCAAGUUAAGUACGAGAAACAUUGGCGAGUUUAUGAGAGGAAAAUGUGCAGCGAAGUGGCGAAGAAGAAGAAAUAUAUCGGAAAACUGCCAUUUGAACAUACCGAACAGAUUCUGGCGAAGAUUAGUGUAAGUUUUAUACGCAAAAACGGCACAAUGUUGUUAGAAAAAUUGUCUUCGAAAACGUUUCCUUGUAGUUUUAACGCUGAAACCCAAUUCGGUCCGCAAGUCAUUUUUAUUGAAAUUUGUUGCAGGUUAACGCUAAGAUCCAGCUCACCAAGUACGUUUCUGAUAACAAAUUCAUUCACGACGGAGUUCUUUCAAUGGCACCCGAACCCGGAUUGGGCAUUCAGACUUUGGCGAUGAUCCGAAGUGACCACUCGAUUGCGCUGUUCGAAACCAUGACUUUGACUUUGAUGCGGGUUCUUGAGGUUGAGAACAGACAACAGUUCUGCCUCAGAGAGUAAGUGAAUUUGUGAAUAACCACAAUAACCAUUGUCUUUCCAGAUUACGUUACCAGGAUGACAAUACGCUAAUCGCUGUCUUCAAAGAGUCGCGGACUUUGCGGAAGAAGAAUAAGGAUCUCUACAAGAAUCUGGGAUCUACGCCACCUAUUAGGACGUGGCGUUUCCGUCCGAAAUUAUAG